UUUUUUUGUUUUGUUUUUUUUGUGUGCGUGCGUGUGUGUGUGUGUGUGUGUGUUCUGGGCAAUAAUUUGAAAUAGUUCUUAUCCACCAUGUUGUGUUGGGCUGGCUUCCUUCUUUUCUGUAGGCAGCUGCUUUCCUGAUCUUGUUUGCUAGUUUUUUUUUUUUUUGUUUUUUUUUGUAUUCUGGAGUUGAGGAAUCACCGCCCUGUUAACGCCUUGGUAGUGUUUACAAGUGUUUUAAAAAUUAUUGAUGUAAAAAAAAACAAAAAGGAAAAAAAAGUGUGGUUGCAUAGGUCUUUAUGUACUCCCUUCAAAGAUCUCCCUUUUAAAACUUAGCAACACAUGUACUGACUCUCCAAAUACCUUUUUCUGUAAUCUAAUAUAAGUUUGCAAAUUAAAAAUAGAUUGUUUUAAUAAUUUUGUAUCUAAUUCAUGUGGCUUUUAAUGGAGGAACUUUAUUUCUGCACGUGGUCUCAGCAGCUCUAUCCUAAAUUCUCAAGGACGUGCUGAAAAAAGAUUUCAGUUUUUUUAAAGAUCAACUUGAUUUGAGACCCGUGGUUCUUUAAAAAAAAAAAAAAGCAGAGCCCACGGAGUAACACUUGUCCUCAGAGUUGAGUGUGCUGGACAAAGGUGGGUUUGUCUGUCAGAGGAAAGCCACAAGAAGCUACAUGCUAGACACUGAAGAAGGUGAGAACAGCUGAUUAUACGCUCCUUUACUCACCAUGCUGUUUGUUUUACAGUAGUUUCAUGUCUGUAAUUAUAAUUUUGUUGUACAGAUUUACAAGUGCAGUACGCUGUUAUCGAGGCCUUGUUUGUCUUUUUUUUUUUAAGUGAGGUGUGCCCAAAUGUUUUUGACAUGGAGAACCGGUAAGGGCCCACGUGAAGCACAUGCUGCAGACAUGAGAUAGUUUGAAAGUAAGACAUUUUUUAACAAUGUCUGAGCGAUCCUAAGGCGGUAAACACGUCAGUACAUGACAUGUAAGCUCCUUUACCCUCCUCAAAAUGUUGCUGUCAGAUGUUAAAAGGUUAUCUGUUGCUUUAAUUGUUCCUCCUGUCCAAACUGCAAAGAAAUCUCUCAAUACAUGAUCCUGUAGUGGGUUGUGUAUCUUCUAAAGCAGUGUUUCUCAAGCCUUGUACCACCGUCAUGUGAGCGUAGGCUGGCCGUGUUCAUGAGGGGAAGGUUUAUUCAUUCAUAUUUUAUUGCUGACUGCUGACCAGAACUACGUGGGUGCAAAACAGGUUCUUCUGAUCCACACUUCUCUUAUUAAUAUUUCACAUUAGGAGCCACGAUUACAGUUUUUGCACCUUUGAUUUCGCCUCCUCUUACUACAUGACCAUCACAUUCAGCUCAUAUCUAAUCAUGGACGUAUGGGCACUACCUGCACGACUGUGACGACAGAGCAGAAACAAAAUAUUACAGGAAAUGCUCCAUUUAUUUAAAAUGAUGUUCCUGUGAUCCAUCCAUGAUUGUAACUGCUCAGGCUCAUCAGAGUUAUGGUGGGACUGGAGCCUAUCUACAGGCGUUUCAGAGUCACCAAUUAACCUAUGAAGUUAUUAACAUCUUAGGACUGUGGGAGAUAGCCACACGUAAACUCAAAUUGAUGUUUGAACCAGGAACCUUCUUGCUGUGAGGCGACAUUGCUAAACACAGCACCGCUGUGCUGCCUCAUAGUUGAACUAUUUUCAUUCAGAACAAAGUAUUAAGUGUUUCUAAGAUUAUUUAUUUAAUAAAAAGAAUAUAUAUCAGAGAUUCCUCCGUGUACCACCAGUGGUAGUUGUCAAAAGUUGUCUCCUGACACCACCAUGAGCAAGCAAACUUCCUUUUAACAGACAGAGACCGGUCAUCCACCGCGACCGGUUGAGUUCAGUUCAUUUGAAUCCCGCAGCAGUCUAGUCCUACAGCAGCAAAACUAAGAGAUGACCUGAGCUGAGAACUAUAAGCUCUUAUCAAUGUAUGGGGAGCUUGAUGGCUGAAAGCUCUGACUCCCAAUCUGCUUUUGAAGACUAGAAGAAGAAGAAGAUAUACUUUAUUAAUCCCACGAACAGGGAAAUUCUUUUUACACUAUUUUAUUUACAUGCAUUUUAACCCAGAUACACACACAUGCAGUACAAGGCAUAGACAUGCAAUUUUUGGAGAGAGAUGCUGGAGUGAUGGGCAGCCCCCCCUGAGAAGCACCCAGCGAGCAGUUAGGGGGGAUCGGUGCCUUGCUCAAGGGCACCUCGGCAGUGCCCAGGAGGUGAACUGGCACCUCUCCAGCUGCCAGUCCACCUUCCAUAUUUGGUCCAUGCGGGACUUGAACCGGCCACCCUCCAGUUCCCAAGCCAAGCCCCUAUGGACCAAAAGAAAAAAACUGAAGAAACCACAAGGAACCCUUCAAGGUGUUGACACAAGGCAGUGAUCUGGUUUUAUAAAGAAGAAACCCAUUUUAUUUAAACUCAAACAUGUAAUAUAACAAUAUAGUUACUUACAUCUGACUAGGACUGUCGACUUUGUUGGCCUUGAUUUUUAGAUUUUUGGGAUCUUUGCAGCAGGUUUGGACAAAAGGAAUCCUUUCAACGUACACAUUGAUGUCAGUAUUGUGUUUAGAUGCAACUGAAAAUGAUCUGGUUUGUGACGUCCCAGUUAAUCACAAAAUCACUUUUCCAAACCUGACUUCAACUUUUAAUAUCCGGCGAAUGUUUGAUUAGUGUCUACGUCUACGGUCGAUUGACUGGUGACACUUGUAGCUCAUAUGCUGCCUGUGUUGUUCUGUUCCAGCAUGUGCCUGCACACUUUGUCUGGGGCAUUAGGGUGUUAAUGGAUUACCGAAAGGUGUUGACUCAGGUGUGUGUGGCUGUGUGUGUGUGGGAGAAUAAGGGUGGCACGGUGCUCAAAGUGUGCUGGGAUCUAUUUGAGACACCAAUCUCACCAAGUUGCCAUUUCUCUGCCACUCUGUGUGACCUGUCUCAUUUUUUCUCCCCCCUGCACAUUAGUAAGCAGCUUCUGUUUUGUCUUCUCCUUGCAAUGUCUCCUCUUCGCACCACCUAACAGUCACCAACCCUCGACAUGGAUAUCGGAGGACUGAGCACGGUGGUAGCAAAUUCUGCUUACAUCAAUGCUCGUGGAAGCAUCGAUGGCUCUAACGCACAAACUCGGGAUAAGAAGUACCAUUCUCGCCUCAAACUGCCUCACAUCACUGUGUGCGAAGGCCUGAGGGACACCCUGGAUUUGAACUUUGACUUAGUCUGCGUGGAACAGCCUAUCGGCAAACGCCUCUUUAGAGAGUUCUUGAAUGCAAAUCAAGAGUAUCACGGAGCUGUCCGUCUGUGGAGAGACGUCGAGGACUAUGACCUGGCCGAAGACUCCGACAGGGCAAAGAAGUCCUCAAAGAUCGUCCAGCGUUACAUGGACCCCGCUGCCAAACACUACUGUCCGUUCCUGCCUGAGGACAUCAUAGCUAAGGUGAAGGAAAACCAGGAGGCUGUAGGUGAUGAUCUGUUCGCUGCAACGUUGGCCACAACAUUGGACUAUUUGAGGGAAGCCCCUUACAUUUUCUUCAUGGAGAGCAUGUAUCUGAAGAGGUUCCUGCAGUGGAAGUGGCUUGAGAUGCAGCCCAUGGAUGCAGACUGGUUCCUGGACUUCCGCGUGCUGGGGAAAGGUGGGUUUGGGGAGGUGUCUGCCUGUCAGAUGAAAGCCACGGGAAAACUGUACGCCUGUAAGAAACUCAACAAGAAGAGGCUGAAGAAGAGGAAAGGCUUUGAGGGGGCGAUGGUGGAGAAGAGGAUUCUCGAGAAGGUUCACAGUCGCUUCAUUGUGUCGCUGGCGUACGCCUUCCAGACAAAGGACGAACUUUGUCUGGUCAUGACCAUCAUGAAUGGAGGAGACCUCAAGUACCACAUUUACCUGGUGGACGAGAACAACCCGGGCUUUGAAGAAUCCAGAGCCUGUUUUUACAUCGCUCAGAUCAUUCAAGGCAUGGAACAUCUCCACCAGAAAAGAAUCAUCUACAGAGAUCUCAAACCAGAAAAUGUGCUGCUAGAUAAUGACGGGAAUGUGCGUAUAUCUGACCUGGGUCUUGCCGUGGAGCUGAAAGAAGGCAAAACACUGACCAAAGGAUAUGCUGGAACACCAGGUUACAUGGCUCCAGAGAUGCUGAAAGGAGAGAAGUACGACACCUCGGUCGACUACUUCACUCUGGGAGUGACGCUGUAUGAGUUCAUAGCUGCUAAGAACCCGUUCAGAAACAGAGGGGAAAAGCUUGAACGCGAGGAGAUGAAAGAACGUAUGCUGACUCGGGUGGUGACCUAUCCGGACAACUUCAGCGAGCAUGCGAAGUCGCUCUGCGACGGGCUGCUAGCCAAAGAGGUCGAUCAGAGAAUGGGUUUUAAGAACGACUGCUGUGAUGCGAUCAGAGAACAUCCAUUCUUUAGUGAAAUCAACUGGAGGAAACUAAAUGCAGGUAUUCUGCCUCCUCCUUUCGUCCCGGACCCUAAAAAGGUGUACGCGAAAAGUCUGGAUGACGUCGGGGCUUUCUCCUCGGUGAAGGGAGUGACCUUCGAGGACAAGGACAAGACCUUUUUUGACGAGUUUUCUUCAGGCAACAUCCCCAUCCCGUGGCAAGAGGAGAUGAUCGAAAUGGGCAUUUACGGAGAGCUCAACGUUUGGGGUCCUGAAGGCAGCAUCCCGGACGACCUCCGCAGGGAGUCCAUACUAGAACAGCCGCCCAAGUCAUCGACCUGCUGCGUAUCGUAGACGUUUUGAAAACACAUCAACCAUCCAAGUACAGACUUGUAGCUCUUUUAGAAGAUGCGGCGUGAAGACUGAAAUACUCAGGACAGACACAGGUCUCUUCUGAACUUUCUGAUUGCACUGUGAGACUUUUUAAACUUUUUUUGGUGACCACGGGAAACAACAAGAACAGAACGGAGGUGGAUUUUCAGCCCGGAAUGGACUUAAACGUAGAUUUUAAGUUAGUUAUGAUAAAAAGAGAUGUGUUGAAUGUGUUAUAUCCUUCUCUUUCUCUCACAAUCUCUCCAUUUUCUCUUUUUUUGUCUGUUCACUCUCAUCUCUUUAUGCGUGCAUGUGUUAAAUUAUAACGCUUUUACAUUUAAAAUGCAUUUUUAAAAAAUCACAUUUUUAAGCAGGGGUUUAGUUACGUGGCAUGUUAUUUAACUGGAGUGUGCGUCUGUCAAAUUAGUUCAAAUACCAAAAGCUAAGACACCAGAAACAUUUGUUUAUUUCAUGGUUCAUAUUUGACUCUUUGCAUGAAUAGCCAAGAGCAGGGCACCUUUGAUAAAGGUUUAUGUAUUAUAGUCUAGCUGGCACAUUUGGAUUUAGAGAAAUGUUAAACAGCAGAUUUAUUUAUUUUUUAAAAACAGCAAACAUGAAUACAGGCAGAAACAUCAGAUGUAUGAAAAAUUACUGGCAAAUAAAAUAGCUUAUUGAAAUUUGAGCUUCAUUUCUGCUUUCAGCUUGACAGCACUGUCCAGGAAUGUCACGUUAAAAACACAGAUCAAAACCAGACUUUUCUCUACGUUGAGUUAAAUCAGCAACAUUUAGACACAAACCCUUCCAAACAUCU